UUUGAAGCUAAAUGUGACGUUCCAGCGAUGCUAACUGAGCUAGCUGGUUAGCAAAAGGGACAGAACCCACUUUAACCUAAGUGACAGUGAGUGUGUUUACAUAUGGGGCUUAGUGGUUGUUGGUGUGAGUGUUUGAACCGUGACCGAUACUUCACCUGUCUUGUUCGCCUCUUUGGACUCACCAACUACUCUAUGUAAGAUGAACACUGAUGACAAGUUGGAGGGUAUGCUGCUAAAGUGCAGCAGUGGAGGAAUAGAUGGAGGAGGGAGAGUUGGGCUGGGCAGCGGAGGGGGACUAGUGGUGAUGACCCUGGGGGAGCGAUCACUGGCAAACCACCCUCUGCUGGCUGAGGAUGACGAGGACGAGGACGAAGAUGAGGACUUGACUGGGAGCUCGCUGGUUACUCAUGACCUGGUUCCUCCUGAGCAGCUGAUGAUGCAGGAGGAGAUGACAAAGAACGGUGGCGAAGAGGAGGGAGGAGGCGAGGUGGGAGUCCAUUUCCCCCUAAAACUCACCCAUAAGUUGCCCUGCUUGCUUCAUAUGCCACUGAGCAUAAAGCAGGAACUGAAGCUGUCCGAGCCAGCAGUCCAGAUGAAGAAGGAUAAAAAAGCAGUGAAGGACCUGAUUGUGUGUCCCAAGAAGAAAAAAAGGAAGCAGCGUUCACCAGCAAAGAUUCUCAACAUCAAUGAUGAUGGAUCACUUGAGAUACAAAACCCCAAGUGUCAUGUGUGUGUUCACUGUAAUGCAGCCUUCAGAACCAACUACCAUCUACAGAGGCAUGUCUUCAUUCACACUGGUGAGAAGCCAUUUCAGUGCAGCCAGUGUGACAUGCGCUUCAUUCAGAAAUAUCUUCUCCAGAGACAUGAGAAAAUCCAUACUGGUGAGAAGCCUUUUCGCUGUGAUGAGUGUGGUAUGAGGUUCAUCCAGAAGUAUCACAUGGAGAGACACAAGAGGACACACAGUGGAGAGAAGCCCUACCAAUGUGACUAUUGUCACCAGUACUUCUCCAGAACAGACCGGGUUUUAAAGCACAGGCGAAUGUGUCACGAAAACAGAGACAGGAAGACCAACAAAGCUGUUGGUAAAGUUGGACCUUUGCGUGAAGCAGAUUCUUUAGGCAUCCCCUUCCUCGCCAAAGAGUGUUCACUGCCCAAGAAGAAACGCCAAAAGUGUGCAGACAAGUUGCAGAGUUCUUCCACUGCUGCCCAAACAGCUGGACACGCUGCCCCUGCCCCAGAAACAGAAGAGAAAGAGGAGCAGAGACAGAAUAAAAUUGAAGGUCUACCUCUCUAUGCUGUGUCCUCCAAAGUCAAACACGAGUACGUGAUUGCAGACUACUCUGUGGAACUUCCUGAAGAAACGGCAAGCCAACACCAAGAAGUAGAGGGGUCAUCAGAAGAGACGACUCCUCCUAAACUUGUCCUGAAGAAGGUCCCCAAGAGAAGUCUAAAACAACCCAGUGAACCAACUCCGCCAUGCCUGUCCACUCUGUCUUCCUUCGAGGAUAACAGCAAGGAUGCACAGUAUACCUUUGAAAUAGUGGACAAGCAAGGCCUUUUAGACGUAGAAAGCAACACUGAACUUGAGUCAGUCGAAACUCUUCAAGGAGGACCAACAAAGCCAGCAGCCAGCAGCACAAACUACGACGACGCCAUGCAGUUUCUCAAGAAAAAACGUUAUCUUCAAGCUGCAAUGGCCAAUAACAGUCGGGAUUAUGGCCUGAACACGAGCAGCGUCUCCUCUCAGGCGCCUGUUACACAAACUGUGGUGUCAACCGUCAUUGACGAAACUGUACCUGCCACCAUCCUGGAGCCCCAGCCCAUCAACACAGAGAUUAAGGCAACUCACGAUAGGAAUGUGUUGCCAGAUGAGGUUCUUCAGACUCUGUUGGACCACUAUUCCAACAAAGCCAACGGGCAAUCAGACAUUUCCUUUAGUGUGGCUGAUACAGAGGUUACUUCAAGCAUAUCCAUUAACUCCUCUGAUGUUUCAGACAGCAGCCCUGUGGAGAGUCUCGGAGCCUCUACUGCCCAGACUCAACCACCUACCGAAAAGGUCAGCCUCUUGCAAGAGUACUCCAAAUUUCUCCAGCAAGCACUGGAGAGGACCAGCCAGAACGACAGCUACCUGACGAGCCAGAGCCUCAGCUUGGUCUCCGAAAACCCCACCUUAGCCGGACAGCCUCUGUUCUCCACUGAGAAACAGUUUCCUUCCCCCAGUAGGUUCAAAUCAGGGAUGAGCUCUCCAUUAAGAUCCACUUUAGAGAAACCUCAUUUUGGAUUACUUGUUGGAGACUCCCAGCACUCAUUUUCAUUUUCAGGUGAUGAGACCACACCUCCCUCCGCAGUAUCCCCAGCGGAGGAAGACUUCCUGGAACAGGUUUCAACCUCCAAAAAGAUAGACUCGUCACAAGGGAUACUGCAGACUUUUCAAAUAAGCUCCUUUGAUCCAAACUUCAAAUCUCAUUUCCAGACGUCAAGAUCUGGACCCUCCUCACAGUUUACUGUUGCCAACGGACAAGUAAGUCUACGAGGUCACAGCACAGACUUCUCAGAGUUCCCCUCAGUUAGAGUCACUGAGACCAGGUCCCAGUUGAACUCGUCGCCUGAUGUUUCAACAAGCGAAACCUUUGGUUGAAGGGAGAGAAGAAUUCAUUUCUGUUAAUAAUUUCAGCAGCACUUUAUCUCAUGUCACCUGUUUUGCCAAAAUGAGUCCCAUUGCAAAUAUGUGCUCUUUCUUAAAGCAUUUUGAUAUAAAACAUAUUCAUGUUUUUCUUUAUGUCAUUGUUCAGUUCAAACCUCCUAGAAUGUAAAUAUUGAAAAUUGGAAGAAAAAAAAAAAUUUAUAUUGGCUUUUCCCCUUAAACAAAAAAAAAAAAAGGAAUUAGUGCAUGGGUAUAUUUCUUGCUCCAGAAUGUCUUGAAUUGAGAGAUUAAGCGACCAAAGUAUAAUACAAAAGAUAUAGUGAAAUAUUCUCUCACACCACUGCCAUGGAGUUUCUUUUAUGUUGUUGUCAAUCAGUUUGCCUUGCACAAAAAUUAUAAAGUCAAUCUUGCUGCUUAAUGCAAUAUUUCCACUUGACAUCUAAGAUGUAAGCCCUAUUUAUGAAUGCCCUUUUUCUGUCAGCUACCUCCCCUUGCUGUUCAUCUGGUAAAACAAAUUCAAAGUUAGAAAUCACUCCUAAAAUAGUUUUAUUGUAGAGAUAUAACUCCUCUCUAAUUGCCUAUUGAAAUUACAUCAUGAUUAGAGCACCAUGACUUUAUAUUGAAGCCACUUUACUCUCACCUGAAAUAGGUGUUUCCACAUGAUAAGUGUAAUGAAUGAAAAGAUUUAACUGAUUGUAUUGAUCUGAUAUUGAUCUGAGUCCAGUG